CUCGCAUAUUCGCCGUCUGCUCGAAUUCCUGCAGUACCAGUUAAGUCUGAACCAAGCUAAGCCGUAUCAAGAUGAGCGACCUAAAUCACGACCCCGCGUACCCGAGUUACGUUGAGGAAUACUUUGAUAAAUCCACCGAACGAGAAGUGUUCACGGAAUGGGUGUUUGCAAAUGCUAGCAAAAUUGUUGUAUCUGAUUUCUCGAGUGGAAAAUAUGCAAUUCUCGACGUAGGCACGCCAGACGGGGACACCGAUUUGCAGAUUCUGUCGCUAAUAUGGCGGAAUUUGGAACCGGGCACGGAGACCUCUUUCAGAAUUGUGAAUGCUCAGGCAGCCGUGUUGGAGAAAUACAAAGCUGCCUUGAGUUCCAGCAAGAAGCGGGAAUACAAGAAAAUUGCGUUUGACUGGCGCGCAGCGAGCUUGCCUGAUUACCUCGGAGGAAAAUCAGGGGAGUCUGGUGGAUGCAAGAUGAAUUUGGUUUUCUUCAUGCAAAGUUUAUAUUACGAAGAACCCGAACAAGUACUGGUCGAUGUCUACGACAAGGAGUUGGAACACAACGGUGUGAUCGUUUGCGUUGUACAAGAUGAAGGCAAUUUUGCAGUCAGAAUGCAGAACGAACUUCGGGGCAAGGAUUUUCCGAAGUCGAAGAGGAAUGUCAGCGGUAAGGAUAUCGUAGCAGUGGCGGAGAAACACGAGUGGAAAUGUGAGGUAGACACACUGGAGUAUAUCGUAGAUGUUGGCGAAUGCCUCAAACAAGGCUCGAGCAAAGGCGAUAUGCUGUUGGAUAUGAUGUUCAAUGUCAAAGAUCUUCGGAAGCAAGCCCCAGCCGAUGUUAGCGAGCACAUCACGAAGUCCUUAGAAAAGGAAGCCGCCUCUAGCGGUGGCUCGAGGAUUCUCCGCGAAAAGGUUGCAAUAGUUAUGAUCUACAAAUGACUGAGGACAUUGGCGUGUUUGCUAUAUAUGGCUACUAGACACGGAUUUGUUGGUUUUAAUAGAUAGGUAAGAACUUAACAUAACAUGCUCAAAUGAACAUAGCGAAUUAUAGAAGUGAUUGAAUUUGAAUAUCGAAAUUGUUAAUGCAGUAACUUCUCAAUUGAAACUUUGCGAGUAACUUCUCCACGUCUUUUGUAUUUCUUUUAUAUUCCAU